UAAGAUCAAAAUGGUCAGGCUCGUAUGUGGUAACGCAAGUGUUCCCAUACAGGGCGGUAGAGAUAUCCCACCCAGAGAUAGGGACUUUCAAAGUGAAUUGACACCGCCUCAAACGUUACCUUGGAGGCAAGUUUUCCUACUACUACUAUAGCAUUGUGUUGUGUAAUAACCUCGCCUUGAGCGAGUCAUAUUGUGUUUGUGUAUGCGUGUUUUUAUCUUCUCCUUGAAGCUCCAAAUCUCCUACCCCGGAAAAAAUUCCAACUUUCACUCACCAAGCAAAGCGGUAACAUCAUUCUACCCAUAUCUUAUGCCAUUGAGGGCAAUGUCGAGCUUAAGUGUGUGUGUGUGGGGGUGGGGGUGGGGGGUAGUUCAUUAUUAUGCUUGUGUGAGUGAUGCUCGGAGCCUUGAUGUAUGCGCAAAUUUGAAAUUUUGAGGGCUCCAAGCAAUGUUUGCAUGAUCAAAGUGGCCGGUGUGCGGGAAAAAUCUCGUGUUUAUUGGCAUUGACCUUGAAUUAUUGCAUGUGAUCGACUAUGUCUUAUGAUGAUGAUUGAGAGUUGCAUUAGGAUAGUGCAAAUGUUUAGUUCUCAUGUGUGAAAAAAUGAAUGGAUUUUUUGACUCAAUUAAUUGUUGAUUACAAUUGCCAUGCAUUUUGCUUUGUGAAUUAAAAUAGAUGAUUGGGUGACUAGGUAGCCAUGUGAGCUUUGAGCCAAUCAUUUUCUUCUUGUGUGCUUAGAUCUGUAACACUCCGACCUUUGGGUUUAGGUUCGACCUUAAUACGUAAAUGGUUGGAUUAACGGUUACGUACGAAGGGUUGCAACCGCGGAUUAUGAAUAACAAUAAUAAUAAUAAUAAUAAUAAUAAUAACUAUUAUUAUUAUUAUUACCAAAAAAUGUUCAGCGCCCUCAACCAUCAAUUGUGUCGCCCUCAUUAUUAUUACUAUAAUAAAAUGAGAUGGAGCCACUACCGCUCCCUGUUCCCGACCCCAUCCCCUUUCGUGUCCUAGCAUUUGCGGUGAGGGUUGAGGGUUUGAGCAUCGAUCAACGAGAAGAUCAACGUCCCAGGUCAUCCAAUCUAGUCCUAGGCACGAUCUAGAGGUAAGGCAACAAGAUUCCUUUGAGUUAGAUCAUGCGAUUUGGUGAUUUUUUCGUAAGGUUGAAAUUCUGGGGUUUUAGUGAUAGACUUUACAGGCUCUUAGUGACAGAUUUUGGGUGGUCACUAAAGUUGCAGUGAAUUUCCAAAAAUGUAUUUUUGAAUGUAUUAAGAGCGACUGUGGGUGUUGGUUUCUAGGUUUAAUAAUUAUAUAAAUUGAGUGGGUAUAGGAGAUGUCUGUGAUUUAAUUUGGGAAUUGUUAAAGAUGUAUUACUAUUUUUAGAAAUUGUUCGAAUUUUGAUUUUGAUUAAAUAAAAAUCUUGCCGAGGAUUUCUUAAAGGGUAUGAUAAUUUUCCAGGGUAUAAGUUCUCAUGAUUGACAUGGGAAAAUUAUUAUCAGAAUUUUUAAGAAGGUUCAAGUUAGGUGAAAAAUUCUUUGAAGGCAAAAUUAAUUAGGAAAAUGUGCAGUUUUUUAUGGGAUUAUUCAUAAGAAAAUUUUUAAAGGAGGUUAAGGGAUCUUGGGGAUGAGUUUUGUGGAUGGGACCUUGAGGAGAGGUGUUUUGGUAAAUAAAAAGGGGUUUUAAAUUGAGAAUGGUCAUCUAAGAAAAUGAUUUCUUAUUAAUAGGUGCACCGAGAUAAUUCGUCUAAGGAGGGAUUUCUUCGAGGAAGGAAUCGAGGAGUAAUCGUUUCGAGGUGAGUGUAAAGGGGGUAAUAUCUCAGUCUUACGUCUUUUUAUUUAAGCCUUUCGUUUCAAGUAUUAUGUAGUUAAUUUUCAAGUAUGUGCGAUAUGUGUGUGAGGCAUCCCACCAGCUACUUAAGGUGCAGGCACGCGUUGUGCUAUUUAUGAAUGUAUGAAUAUAUGAUUGUAGUAGUUGGUUAAUGGUAAAAUGAACCACGGGCGGUUGGGCCACUACUGGACGCAGUAGAUAGUCGGUUCACUGCUAGACAGCGAGACGUGACGCAACAGUUGAUCGUGUUUGUUAGGGUCACUACUGGACGGCGAGACGUAAAGCAAUAGUUGACCGGGCAUGGACUGGACGGCGAGACGUAAUGCAGUGCCAUUGCCGAGCUUGGGUAUGCAACCGGACGGUGAGACGUAACGCGGUUGGCAUACUAGGAUAGGGACACCAGACGGUGAUCCGUAACGCGGUGGUCCCUUGUGUUUGGUGUCUAUGGAGUAAGGAUAUAAGUUAAGAAAUUCUAUAAGAUAAGAUAGGAGUAAAGAUCUCUUAUACGCUGUUUUGUGAAUAAAGUAUAAGUGAUGAAAGCAAGAACGACUUUUGUCUAAGCCAAGAACCCUAAUAAUGUGUUUAGUAAGGAGUUUCUUAGAGAGAAGACCUUAGGAGGGGAAGAGGACACAUCCAUCAAGAGGAGGUUACCCGAGGAGAGCAGACGUGACAAACCUGAAGAUGGCAACUGGAUCUGGGCAAUGAGAUGGGACCUCCCAUUAUAUAUGUCUUUAGUUUCAUGUCUUAAUGAGUUUACUGGGAAACUCAAGGAUGGUGUUUUGUGUUUUAUUGCUUUGAAUUGAUGUUGCCCAUGUGUUUAGGGCAUUUUACUUGAGAAACUUAACAUUGCCGUUGUUGAUUUUUGGUUUUUACUUGUAAACCUGUUUUGGGUGGCUCCGAAGUAACCGGUUUGAAGAUUGAGUUAGGGUUUAGUUUUCAAAAAGGAUCGAGUCGUUACAUUUUGUUAUCAGAGCCGACACUCCUCUGUUUCAUGGUCUCCAAGGAAUACUGGAGUGAGGAUUUGGGUUUUCAAAGGUUGUUUUAAAGGAAAAAGGAAAUUUCAAGAAAAAUGGUUGGCCAACCGAUUUGAAAAGAUUUAUAGAGUCCCUAGUAUACUCAUGCGUGAUAAGACAAAUAAAUGGGUUCUAAUAAGGGUACUACUUACUUGCAGAUCAAGUAACGUAAUGUUAACCACGCGGCAGCUAGGCUACCCCCCAGAUUAUGCGUCUUUUCAGAGGGGAGGAGUGGUGGAUUUUGUUGGGGACCGCUCAAAGGAUGCUAGUGAAGUAGAGUAAUGGCAGGCGAAGUUCUCGCGCACAUUGACUGAAAUGAGGGCAGAUGAUGAGGGCAGGGUGCUACUGGCGAUACACCAAUGGGGAUACAACCGGGACAAGAUUCACUCCCCCCGAUGCCACCACUUUGUGAAUAAGGUGGAUCCUUCUUUCCCGUUUCAUCAAGGAAUGGAACUUGAGAGAAAGAAUUGAUUGUACUACAUCGACAUAAUGGGCUGCUUCGAAGGCUUGAUUUGAUACGCUUCCCUCUUCAUCCCCUGAGCACUCUGUGGAUAGAAAGCGGGUUGUCAGCAAGAGUGACAAAGUAUCCCUGCUCCACGAUGCAUCAUAAAAUUGGUGGUGCACCCAACCAGCCAACCAAGAGGACCCACCAGCUACCACUUAGCCAGAGUGGUGCGGGUGUUCCGUGACCACUAUGUACCAGAGGGUUACCGACUCGGAAAAAAGAGGGAAUUUUUGUUGAUCAAGCAGAGAUGGGGCAAUGAAGGAGAGGAGGGUGUUGCAGAGUACACCUUCAGGUUCGAGAAGCUGCUGCCCAACAGGGGACACCAGUUUUAGGAUGCGGCAGCUCAGGGUUCCCACUAUUUGGAAAGUCUGAAGCCUGCCCUUAUAAAGCAGUUGAGCAUGCAGGCGUGGAACAGUCGGAGGGAGAUUUAUUAGGCGGCUCUUCGGAUAGUGAAGGCUGACGUAGCUGUGCAUGAAGAAGGGAUACAGCGAGAGGCAAGCAAGAGAAAGGCAAGUAGCAUGCUAGGGUGGUCCGGCCAGCCCAGUCAAUGCCGGAAGAUGCCGAGCGAUACUAGUAGCUAUGGGGGUACUCAGAGUCAGACCGACUUGGUUUGGUCUGGUCAAACUUUCAGCAAUAGAGGUCUCUGCAACCAGUGUGGGCGGGAUCACUUAGGAGAGUGUAGGCAGCCCCCUAGGCUUUACUAUAACUAUAACGAGCAUAGGCAUUUUGCCAAAGAAUGCCCCUGGAGGGGCGGACAAGGGAUGGCUCAGUCCGAGCAGUCUAUCCGGGGUGGUGGAGCAAGGAUUCAUGUAGGACCACGGUUUGACGGCCAACCAAACUGCUCCUUCCAGAGCCAGGGAGGACGCACCGGGCGGUUGGACCGCACUGAACAGUACAGAGAUCAGAGGCCUCGAACAUGGGGACAACCGAGGGUAUUUGCCACGUGAGGGAUAGAGGGCGACUGUGGUGAUGAUGGAGGGGACGAGCAAACACACUGAUGUGAUAAUGUGGAGCAAAUGGGGAGACUGGGGAGAGGAAGUAUUUGUUUUAAGCAUAGACCGCUAGUUGGUUGUUUUCUUCGAAAGACGUUCUUUCAGUUUUUGUACUUUGUACCAAACCUAUUAAAUUAGUUCGGACCAAAAUUUCUAGGUCAAAAUUUUAUCAAGGGGGAGGGAAAUGUUAUAUCCUAGCUUGAGAAAUUUUAGGCAAACAACAAAAGUUUAAGACCAAGUAUUUAUCUUUCCGGUUUCCAAUUUCGGGGAUGAAAUUUUUAUAAGGGGGGAGAAAAUGUAACACUCCGACAUUUGGGUUUAAGUUCGACCAUAAAUACUUGAAUGGUUGGAUUAAUGAUUACGUACAAGGGGUUGCAACCGAAUUAUGAAUAAUAAUAAUAAUUAUUAUUAUUAUAUUAUUAUUACUAUUAUUAUUAUUAUUAUUAUUAUUAAUAAAAAAGGUUCAGAACCCUCACCCAUCAAUUGUGCCUCCCUCAUUAUUAUUACUGUAAAAAAUAAUAAUAAUUAUAAUAACAACAACAAGACCUACUCGGCCAAAAGGGCCGAGCGGCUAGCAAACCCCCCAUCACUUUUGUUUCUUUUGUUCCUCAGCAAAGUUACCCACUCCAGAAACCCCCGCCGCCAAUCCAAAUUUCCCCAGCACGAGGCAAGUUCCCCCAGCGCGAGUCGAAAAGAAGGAGUCACCGCCGCUCCCUGUUCCCGACCCCAUCCCCUUUCGUGUCCUAGCGUUUGUAGUGAGGGUUUGAGCAUCGAUCAACGAGAAGAUCAACAUCCCGGGUCAUCCAAUCUAGUCCUAGACACGUUCUAGAGGUAAGGGAACUCGAUUCCUUUGAGUUAGAUCGGGAGAUUUUGUGAUUUUUCGUGAGGGUGCAAUUCUGGGGUUUUAGAAUCAUACUUUACAGGCUUUUAGUGACAGAUUUUGGGUGGUCAGUAAAGCUGCAUGGAAUUUUCAGAAACGUAUUUUUGGAUGUUUUAAUUGUAUCGAGCUUCUGUGGGUGUUGGUUUCUGGGUUUAACAAUUUCAUAAAUUGAGCGGGGUAUAGACGAUGUCUGUGAUUUAAUUUGGGAAUGUUUGAAGAUGUAUUACUAUUUGUAGAAAUUGUCCAAAUGUUUACUUUAAUUAAAUAAAAAUCUUGCCGAGGGAUUCUAAGGGUUUGAUGAUUUUCCUGGGUAUAAGUUCUCAUGAUUGUUAUGGGAAAAUUAUUAUCAGAAUUUUUAAGAAGUUUCAAAUUAGGUGAAAAUUCGUCCAAUGCGAAAUUAAUUAGGAAAAAGUGUGAUUUUGAAGAUAUUAUUCUUAGGAAAAAUUUUAAAGGAGUUUAAGGGAUCUUGGGGAUGAGCUUUGAGGAUGAGACCUUGAGGAGAGGUGUUUUGGUAAAUAAAAAAGGGGGUUUAAAUUGAGAAAGGUCGUCUAAGAAAAUGAUUUCUAUUAA